AUGUCGGAGGUGAUUUAUGGUCCAGGUCCUGUGGACCCCCCUGUGGUGUCAGACCUCCAGUCGCAUAGUGUGUCAGUCUCCUGGGCCCCCCCAGCCCAGCCCAACGGGGUGAUCACCCACUACACUCUACACCUCACCUCCACCCUGUCCCUGUCACACAGCACUGCUACAGUACCAGGCAACACUACCAGUUACAGCCUCUAUAACCUCCUGCCCUACCAACUCUACAGCCUGCAGGUGGAGGCCUGUACCCCGGCAGGGUGUACUCUCUCUGUGGAGUCCCAGUCCUUCCAUACCCCCGCUGCCCCACCGGAGGGGGUCCCAGUUCCCCACCUCUACUCUGACACCCCCACCUCAGUACUGCUGUCCUGGGGAGCCCCGGAGAGGAGCAACGGAGAACUGGAGGGAUGGGUGGUGGAGAGGAGUGUGAGAGGCACCCAGCAGGUAUCUACAGUGGUCAGACUUCCCCCGUCCCCUCCUCCCCUCUCCUAUCUGGACCACUCCUCAGCCCUCAGCCCCUGGACCUCCUACCAGUACCGCCUAGUGGCCAGCACACAGGCUGGAUCUAACACUAGUGCCUGGGCUAACAUCACCACCAGACCCUCUCGCCCUGCCGGUCUAGUCCCACCACGGGUAGAUGUGCUGGGACCGGACUCACUGCAGGUCAUGUGGUCCCCUCCUGUCAUUGCUAACGGAGUGAUCGACCGCUAUGAGAUCCGCCUUCCCGACCCGCGCGUAUCCCACGACGACCUGUCCAACCUCACCGUCACGGUAACAGACCUGGUGCCCUACACUGACUACUUGGUCACCGUCCUGGCCUGCUCCUCCGGGGGUGGCCUUAUUGGGGGUUGCACAGAGAGCCUGCCCACUGCCGUUACUACACUACCCACAAUCCCCCAGGACCUGGCACCACUGGCAGUGGUGGCCAUCAGUGAGUCRUUCCUGGCCGUAUCCUGGCAACCUCCCGACAGGCCCAACGGACCUAACCUCAGAUACGAGCUGCUCAGACGUAAAAGCCGCCAGCCGCUGGCCACGCAGCCCCCGGCAGAUCUCCAUCGCUGGUUCAAUGUUUACGCCGGAGACAAAUUGUUUCACCAAGAUAAAGGCCUUAGCAGGUGA